CUGCCCCAGGGGGCACCCAGCAGCCCGUCAGCUCGACGUUUUUCUGCUUCUGAUCAGCGAUUAAUCAAUAAUCGUCAGCCUCGGUGUGGUCUGAGAGACGUUGAGACAUCUCUGAGCUGCACUUUGCUUUGUGCUGACCACAGUUUCCUCUUUGUCAACGGAAGACAGUAGAAGCAGCAGCAGGUGCAUGCAAAGCAGCAGCGGUGAGAAAACCAGAGUCUUCGCGCCAAACAGCAACGCGACGGGAGUUGUUCACUGAGGCCGAGCCGGAGGACCGAAGACUCCCGAGGAACCGGAGGAGGUUCCAGACCACGAAGCAGAGGAGAGUCAGGAAUAUCAAACUGUUUGAAUGGAGGAUUUGUUUCUCCGAUGACAGGAGAGCAGCUGUGACACUGUUGGACUGCUUUUUUUUUUGCACACAUGAAGUGCUUCCAGAGUCCAGUCCAGCUUGGAUUUGCUUAAAUAUCACUUCUCCACUCCACUUUUGGGAUCUGGCAUUAGACAGGAGGUGAUUAAAUCUGUUUACUCUCAGACAAUGGACUUGUCUUUACUCCCAACUUCUGACUACAACAAGCAGAGGAUGGCGACAAGAUUCACUGUCCGAUCGGCCAACUCUCCCUCGUACAGUCUUUCUCGGAGGCUGGGGGUGAGGAAGAGGGAGGAAGCCGGAGAAUGUCAUGCAAAUGGCACAAACAUGGAGGAGGACUCUGGUUGUCAAGCCAGGACGAGGAGUUGCAUCCAAGGUCAGAGCGAGGAGAAGGAAACCAAGCUGAACCAGAACGGCACGGCAGAUAAAACUACCCCAGUAGUUGAAACAAACCCUGAAUCUGAAAGCCGAGGAAGGACAGAAUGGAGGAGAAACAACCUGCCGAGUAGAAGUAAGAGUUUAGACUGGAGAGCAGGCCAACGAAGUCCUGAUCGGGCCACCAAAAAAGGAGGGGAUGUAAGCAAAUGGGCUGCAGUUUUGGAAGAGGGAAAAGAAGUUAAAAGUGGCGCGAUUGGCAGGGCAACGUCAUCACUUCAGGGUUAUAAUUCUGCAGAUGUGAGUGGCAUUCGAGAUUGGAACCAACAGAUUUUGGACCGGACCAGUAGGGGUCAAACCCUUCCAUCCAGGUUGAGACUCACGGAAACGUCGUCUUCAGUCGGGCCCAAGGGCGGUCAAAGUAUUCUAGAGCGGAUACAGAACCUGUUCGGGUCAGCCGGUUUCGGUAAAGACUCAUCAAUCCCUGAAAUAAUUGGGGGGACCUUCCCCAGGCAUUUCUCGUCAGGAGAUACCGUCAAAAGUCCUGUGCAAAAGAUAUGGACACCAAAAGACCCAAUAAGCUCAGAGGCUUCGCUUUCUCCUGGGAGAAGCCAGACAAGAGAGAGGUCACCAGGGAGGCAGGGACAGAUCCAGAGCAGGUAUCCAGAAGAAGGUGCAGGUAACUGGGGGACGAGAUUUGUAGAAUCAGGCACAAAGUCCCUGGAUAGAGCCAGGAGUCGAUGCACGGUGGCGGCUCAGAGUAGAGCUGCAAGAGGGAUCAAUGCAACUGCACAGCUGGACAGUUUCUUAGAAGAGGUUUCUCUUAAGGAUUCAGAAAAAGAUGAGAGUAAGGCAAUGCUCGGAGAGACCAAAACUAGGGGAAUAAAUGGAAGAGAUAGAGAUGAUGCAGCAAACGCUAAAACUGACUUGAAAGGUGCUGAUGAGGAUGUGUUUGAGAUGAAUCCACAUAAAACCACACCAACAGGGAGGAAGAAGCUUUCGGAGACGUUGUCCUCUUCAGCCAGCGUCAGGAAUAAGAUCAACCAGUUUGAGGCUUUGACGCAAAGAGCUGGAAGUCAAGUCGUGAUGCCCAGACGGACGUUUUCGGUGCCGACACAACUCAGCAGAGGCCAUGAUGGAGUGAAGAAGAGCGGUUCGGCGAAAGAAAUAAAUAGACUGAGAGAGGGAUUUGAGGUGGUCGAUAAAGCCAAAGAAAAUUUGAUGGGAACAGGAAGGAAGCUUGGUUCAGAAAGAUCUCUAUCAGUCGAUGAGGUUGGACUAAGAUUAGGGAAGAAAGAGACAAAAGGGAAUGAUUCUGAUGAUUUUGGCAAAUAUUCCAAACUCAAGAACACAUUAGAAAUCCCUCUAAAUGGAGGAGCUGAGAGGCGUAGCAGAAAGUUUUACUUCGAUGAGACUGAUUUAGUCAAAGUCUCGAGUCCUGAGGAGGCAAAUGAGAAAGAAACCAAUGAUACAGUAUCUCAGAAAACAACACCGUCAGAAAUCACUUCACCAGUUAGUGACGAUGACAAGACUCCAACCAACACCCCAGACCUCUCGCCCUUUAUUUCACCUGCUGAGGAUGCCACUCCAACUGCAGACAAAACCAAAAACGAAAGCACUUCCAUCUCCACACAAUCAGUCAAACUUCCAGCUCCAGACUCUUCGCCUCUUCCUCAUCCUCUGGCCACCUCCUCCCACAGCAACCUGCCAGAUCUGGUCUCUCCGGAUGUGAAAACAUCCAAUCCAAAAGGGAAGAAAAGGGUAAUGGACCUGAACGCUUGGGUCGCCGGAUUGAAUCCGGACUUUAAAGGCUGGAAUGAUAAUGAGGACGAUGAUUAUGAGGAUGAUGAUGAUGAUGAAAGCACACAAAAGGACGAAGAUUCAAACUACGAUUCGGACUCUGGGGAAUCUUCAGUGACCGUCACAAGUAAUAUGAGCCAGUCAGAUCGCAGGAGCUUCUGUAUGAGUCUUGCAGAUUUGUGUAACUUUGCUGGAGCCGACUACGAAUCGGAGAAUGACAGUGAUGAGUGGCAGUCAAUAAGCCAACGGUCUGCAUCGCUGAGUUCGGAUGUUUCAGCUCUGUCUUGUGUUUCUGUUCUGCCUACUGAGGAGCUCGACAAGCUGCUGGAGGACGUCAGGAGUCUCGGCGACAACACCCUGCAGGACUAUAAUGAAGUUCAGGUGGUGGUUCUCCACAAGGAGGUUGGAGUCGGACUGGGCUUCAGCCUGGCAGGAGGCGUGGACCAGAACAAGCCGAUCACUGUUCACAAGGUGUUCCACUCAGGCGUGGCAGCCCAGGAGGGCUCCAUAAGGGAAGGGGAUCAAGUUUUAUCGAUUAAUGGCACUGCACUGAGCGGUAGCGGCCACUGGGAGGCGCUGAGGGUCCUGAGGAGGGCAAAGACUCGGGACAUGGCCGUGGUGGUCCUGAGGAGGGGAGAUGUUAGCGGAGCCUCCAAGAAGGAAGUUCAGGGAAACCACCAGGGACCGACACCGACUCAGACAGGUCAGCGAAUGUGUUUGCAGCUGCAGAAGAACAGCAGAGAUCUGGGCUUCAGUCUGCUGGGAGGAGAAGGAUCGAAUCUGGGGAACCGACCGCUCACCGUCCAGAAGCUCUUCCAGGGAGGUCCAGUUGACCAGGUGUGUCCUGGAGAUGAAGUCCUGGAGAUCGGAGGCGUCAGCAUGCUGGGGAUGAGACGUCUGGAGGCCUGGACUCUGAUCAGAAGACUUCCUGCUGGACCUGUGGACGUGGUGCUGCGACGGCCUCCCAAACAUCUGGAAACAUGAGGAGCAUCCAGCUGUUUUAAUGCCCUGCAGGGAUCCUCAACAUACCACAGACUAAACUUAACUUUGUGCCUAAUGUCAUUAAAACUAUAAUUUAUAUGUAAUCGUGAUAAAAUUCCAGGUCAAAGGUGUAUAUUUUUCUCAGCUCGUCUCUUUUUUUACAGGAUUCCAUCUACCUCAGAGCCUGGGAGAUUUCUCUAUCAGCCAUGAUUAAAGUGCACUGACGGCUCUAAACAGUUUAAUCAGCUACAAAAAACGAGUAAUUUGUAAACACACUUUGUACUAUAUUGUGAAUAACUGCAUAUAGAGUUUAUAUUGCUUUUUAAUAAAUGCUAACAAAGCUGA